AUGCCGGACCGCGACGGCCGCGACGGCUACGCCAACGGGGGCAGCGGGGACGAGGCGGGCGCGGGCGCCGACGACAUCUGCCGCGAUUUCCUGCGCAACGUCUGCAAGAGGGGGAAACGCUGCCGCUUCCGGCACCCCGACAUCUCCGAGGUCACCAACCUGGGCGUGCGCAAGAACGAGUUCAUCUUCUGCCACGACUUCCAGAACAAGGAGUGCGUGCGCCUCAACUGCCGCUUCAUCCACGGCACCAAGGAGGACGAGGACUGCUACAAGAAGACGGGCGAGCUGCCGCCGCGCCUCCGCCAGAAAGUGGCGGCCGGGCUGGGGCUGUCGCCCGCUGACCUCCCCAACAGCAAGGAGGAGGUGCCGAUCUGCCGGGACUUCCUCAAGGGCGACUGCCAGCGCGGAGCCAAGUGCAAGUUCCAGCACCUGCAGCGGGACUACGAGUACGAGGCGCGGGGCCGCGAGCAGGGGCUGGGCCCCGGCGGGCGCCGCUACGAGCCCUACGACGGCCUCUACGACCCCGACGAGCCCGUGCUGAAGCGGCGGCGGGCCGAGGGGCUCUACGAGAGCUACGAGUACGGCUUCGCCAGCCCGCGGGCCGUGGAGUACCGGCUGCUGGAGGAGGAGAACGUGCUGCUGCGGAAACGCGUGGAGGACCUCAAGAAGCAGGUGAACAACCUGCUGGCCACCAACGAGGUGCUGCUGGAGCAGAACGCGCAGUUCCGCAACCAGGCCAAGGUGAUGACGCUCAGCUCCACGGCCACGGCCACCGAGCAGACUCUGGCGCCCACGGUGGGGACGGUCACCAACUACAACCACAGCAUCGCUCAGACGCACACCACGCUCAGCAGCCAGGCCCUGCAGCCCCGCCCCGUCACCCAGCAGGAUUUGGUGGCCCCGGCCGGCGCCCAGGCCGCCCCUCCGGCCAACGCCGCGCCCCCCAUGAACCCCGAGAUCGCGCCGCUGUCGGCGGCCCUGGCUCAGACCAUCGCCCAGGGCAUGGCCCCUCCGCCCGUGUCCAUGGCGCCCGUGGCCGUGUCGGUGGCGCCGGUGGCCGUGUCCAUGGCGCAGCCGCUCGGUGGCAUCACCAUGAGCCACGCCACCACGCCCAUGGUCACCUACCCCAUCGCCUCGCAGAGCAUGAGGAUAACGGCCAUGCCGCACUGA